GGCCGGGCGCGGGGUCGGUGCCUUCGGCGGGCAGGCGCGGGAAACCAUGGCAGCUGAUAAAGAGAACAAGCAAGGUGAAGAAUUAAAGAAAGACGAAUAUGAGAGCUUAGCUGACGAAAUGAUGAAGUACAAUAAUAGGCUGAAGGUGGAGAUCCAAGUGCUUGAAGCUGAGUUACAAGUGGACACCAGAGACUUUCAGUUCAGAGAGGAUUUUCCUGAAAAAAAGAUGAAAUUCCUAUCCAUAGAGAAUCCCGAGGAUGACAGCAAGUUGUUAAACGCAUCUUGUGCUUUUCAAGUGAAAGCAAGAGUUCCUUAUCUACUAAAAAGAGGGCAAGCGCUCAUCACCUUUGAAAGUGAAGAAGUUGCCCAAAAUGUGAUACGAAUGGGAAAACAUUCCGUGCAGAUAGAGGAUGAAGCCGUGGAGGUUAAGGCCCAGCCAGUUCAAUUAAACUCAGGAGUCACAUUCCAGGUUCAUGUACAACUUUCUGACGUGAAGAUCAAUGUUACUGGAAUUCCUGAUGGAUUGCCUGCAGAGCAGAUGAGAGACAAGUUAGAGCUGAGCUUUUCCAAGUCCAGGAACGGAGGUGGCGAGGUGGAAUGCGUGGAGUAUGAUCAUCAGUCGCGGAGUGCCAUCAUCACGUUUGUGGAAAGUGGAGUUGCUGGCAAGCUUUUGAAAAAGGAUGACUAUCCUCUUUAUAUAAACCAAAAGUGCUAUAGAGUUAUGGUUUCUCCAUACAUAGAAAAACACUUGGAAAAGUUUCAGGUGUUUUCAGGAACAUCUUCCAGGACGGUGCUCCUGACUGGAAUGGAACACGUGUCGUUGGAUGAAGAAACCCUAGAGGAUUUCCUUAGCAUCCACUUCCAGCGGGGGAAGAACGGGGGUGGAGAAGUGGACGUGGUCAAGUGCUCACUGGUCCAAGCUCAAAUAGCCGACUUUGAAGAAGAGACUGAUAGUCACGUGAAAAGGAUGACUUCGGAGCUCAAAUCACUAUGAACAAUUGACAAAAAGGACAGUCCCGUUCUUUAGACACAUUAAAAAAAGUUUGCUUCUUCA